AUGCGACUUUAUAGUCUUUUUGGCUUUUGCUCAUUAUUGGUCAGAUCGCUUUCCGGUAGUUUGGGGGGACGUGUUACAAGUAAAGUGGGAAACGACUUGGAAGAGGUUCGCAACCAAGCACCUGCUUCUUGCUCGUCGCCAGAAAGCUUUCCAGGAGAAAUAGAGAUGCUUGCUCAACGAAAAUCGACCAACUUCUUGACUGAUCUUCGCCACGGGUACGGCACCUUACCAGAACUUGAGAGAGCACUCACUCGCACUUACUCCGAUGGUGAAGUAUCCGACUUUGCCGAGAUACAGCGCCAUGGUGCUGUGAGUACAACACUAAAACUUUUUGAAAUCAGGCUUCUCUACCUCAGAAAGGCCACAUUUAAGCAAAGGAACGAGAUCGACGCAAUACUACGCGCUUCUGAACUUCCUCGCCUAUUCCAGGAAACCAUGGCGAAAAUCGACUACAUUUGCGAACAUGUUGUGCCCUCUAGAGAUCGGUAUGAGGCUUAUGAAUUGAGAGAGCUUGCCCAAAUCUCCCAACAAUUCCGCCGGAUCUUUGGUCUCAAAUUUAUGAAACCAUCAUACGAUGAAGAAGAGUUAAUGAUCAAAACGCUACGAAACGAAUUGACGACUGGGCAAGGGGGUGGAUAA